AUGACUCAAGGCGCCAUGUCUGCACGAUUGAGAAGUCUCGGCGAAAUUCAUGGAUGGCUCCAUUCGAUGUUUGCACACCGUUUCCGCUAUGGUGGAGGAAAGAUGUUGAAUGAAAGCGACACGGUCAGUGAAGCACAGCAAAAUUUGAUCAUGAAGCACGCCAAUAUCCAAACUUUCUUGAAUCACUACCUUCCACGACACAUUGAUACCGAUAUGCAAAAUGUCAUGAACGGCCGCGCAUCUAAUAAAAACCUGAUGCGCGCGAUCACCCGAAUGAGCAGGUGGAUCGACAAGAGACGACCUCGACAUUUGACACUUGAACAGCGAGCAUCCCUUCGUGUGCAUCCAGAGUAUAUGGAAGCCACGCGGAGGAUGAAAGAGCAUGCAAAAACCUGCAAGCUUGAUGCCAGCGCUCAAAUGCUGGCACGUUUAGACAAAUUGACGCGCGAAAGGGCCAACACAUUCAGUCGACUAGAAAGGAUUCUGCGAAAGGAGACACGAAUGGAGUUUGAUCGAAAACAGGCUGUCAGGGACAUCGAGCGUCAGUUAUCUGGAACGGCAGUUGACGAUGAGGAGGCAAAGGAGGUACUCCGGAAAGAGGACCAAAUGUUACCAGAGCAAAUAUUUCUCCUCGAGAAAUUGUUCACCUGGCCAAUCUCACACUCUUUAGAGACCGAGUGGCAACGUCGAAACGAUGCUGUGGCUGCGAUCUCACAAUACUGUCCUGUUCUCGAAGGUGGGCCAUUGCGUGGGCGACGCAAACAGGCGGCGCCAUGCGAUGGAUUCGAUGAACAACAGACAACAAUGACAGUACAGCCAACUAAGAUAAUCUGCAGCUCUCCCGAGCCUUCACAGCAAGCUAUUACUUUGAGCAAAGCCGAGAAAUAUAUCAGGAAAGCAAAAAAGCCUCGACGAUGUUUUCAAUGUUAUGGCAACACCCUGCUUCCAACUCAUCGUCGAACGCAGAAAUAUAGCGAAUAUAAGUCAACGGUGAGACACUUUCGAGAGAAGCACUUGAAGGAUCGAAGAUGUCAUAUGUGUGACGAAGAUCUACUACAUGAGAUGCAUCUUCGCAGACAUGCAGAAGAUGUUCAUCGUCUUAGCACUGAACGAAAUUACCACACCAAAGAAGAAGCGGGAUCGGACAUUGAUACCGAUUGA